AUGGCGAAAGAUUCAGUUAUCCCGAUUUUCUCCUCUCCUGAAGACGAAGCCGCGAUUGUACGGCCGUCUCAUAAACCCAGCUCGAGAGCUGCCAUCGAGCUCUCUCCUUCCGUGGAGAGAAAGAAGAGAAAGAUAUCAAAGCGUGGAGAUGAAACUCCAGAGUCUCCAAAGUCUUUCAAGAAGUCCAAAAUCAAGUUCCGCCCCUCGAGCAGCAAGCGCCAGAAGAGAGACAGCCCCAAGCCCAUGAUACCGUACCCACUCGCAACAUAUUCUCUGGCUCGUAGGCCUAGUCAUAGCUUUAUGAAGCGCUCGACCAUCAAUAAUGAACGAAAGCCUACCAAACCAGACGUUGAGGAGCCCCCGAAGUCUCCUGCAAAGAAUAGCGGAGACGAAGAACUGCUUGUAACCGUCGAGGCUGGUGACACCGUCGAGGCAGAUGUCGCCAACUCGGAAGACAAGCCUAUGGCUAGCACAUCACAGGCAGGAAACUCGACCGCUGACCAGGCUUACGAGAUCCCUGAGCAGUUGAUAAGAGACAACGCCAGUCCCGACCUCGGCACCCAGCUUGCCCAUAAACUCGAGCCGUCCACCCAUGUGCCUGGAAAAGAGACACUGGCAGAUGAUGAUAACUGCUACAUCUCCAAGGCGGCCUUCAACCUCCUCACAAGCCGCCAUGUAACCUUGCAGCACAUGGUCAUGACGUUCAUAGACUCUGUGAACGACUUACAAACCACAAGCAAGGUUGACAGGGAGAUUCGCGACGGAAUUCUGGUCGAGGCCAAGUCUCUUCAAAUGGGCAUCAAGGCAGUUUCCAAUGCUGCAUUCCAGCUUCCGUACGCCAAUCGAACCGGCGCUGCUGCCAGAGCAGCUGCAGACAAGACCCUUGCAACCAUCGAUAAGUUCAACGAGAAGAAGAGAAGCAAUGCUGCAGUCAAGGCAGCCGCCGCCGCGCAGCUGGCUACGGAAGAGGAGGCAAAGAUGGCAGACAAUGACGGCUCCGAGAUUGAAGGCGAACGUACAGAUGGAGAGGAAGGGGACGAUAUUGAGGAGUAG